AUGAAGUCUGUUCUUUUCGCUUUAUCCUUUAUUACUGCCGCCUACGGCGCCGCAGUCGACAAACGAGCCCCUGCUCCUUUCUCCACUUUCACCAGGAAUGAAUUCUUCAAGCCCGCGGCGGAUGCUCAGCUCUGGGGCACACUCUAUGCUCGAUCACUCCAGUUGCCUGACGAGUCGCUGCUCAUGACUUGGGAAAACUACCCAGCUGAGUCUAAGAAAUACCCCGUCAACCAUCCUAUCUACAAGUCGGUGGAUGGCGGCGCAACCUGGUCCAACUUUAGUGCCGUUAAAGACACACAGAACGGUUGGGGAAUGCGAUUCCAGCCGUUCUUGUACACCCUUCCAACCGACUUUGGCGGCUAUGCCAAGGGUACUAUUCUGGCAGCUGGUGUUUCGACCCCUGAGAGCCUCGAAGGUGGUGUCUACAUCGAUGUCUACGCGAGCAAAGAUAGUGCAAAGACUUGGGAAUUUGUGUCUCACAUUGCAUAUGGUGAUGGGCCGAAUACCAUUAAAAACGGCGACAAAGCAUUGUGGGAGCCCUUUUUCUUGAUGUACAAGGGACAGCUGGUCUGUUACUACUCUGACCAACGAGACCCCAAGCAUGCCCAGAAACUCGUUCACACCACCACCACCAAUCUCAAGACUUGGUCAGCCAUUGUCGACGACGAAGCUGAGAGUGACUACAACGCUCGCCCUGGCAUGACUACUGUCGCUCAUAUUGAGAGCACUGACAAGUGGAUCAUGACUUGGGAACGGUGUGGUGUCGAUUCCUGCAGAGUCUACUACAAAGUCUCUGAUAGUCCUCUUGCCUUUGGACCAAUUCCCGGAACCAGACUCAAAGCCACCGAUGGUAGUCUCUUUACCAAUGGGCCGUAUGUGACUUGGGUCCGCAACCCUUAUGCUAGCGAUGGCUCUGGCAUCAUCAUUAUUAGCACCACUUCUUCUGAAAACCUUCUCAUCCAAGGUGAUAACCCGGUCGAAGGAAAGUGGAAGAAGGUCGAUAUCAACCAUUGGUCCGCCUAUUCCCGCAGCGUCAGAGAGAUUACUAUCAAGGGAACCAAAAGACUGCUGAUUGGAAACGGUGGAAACUUUGGACCCAAGGAGAAUAAUGGUGUUGCUGACGCUGUUAUUCCUAUUCCAAACCUCUGA